GGCCUGCCCUACAGGGAGGAGACCAUGCUACGCUGGACGUUUUUCAUCCUUUAACGACUAUUUCCGUCGUUUUUACGAAGCUUUAAAUGUUGAAAUAACUUGUGACCAGAACACAGACGGGUUCUGGUCGGUUCUGAGCUUUUCCUUCGGCUCCAGUUUUCUGUGUCUGCAGCGGACCGAACCGAACCGGACCGAACCCAGAGGCUGCUGUCCGGCCACCGACCAUGGAUUAAUGUCUCCUAGGAGCUCGGAGAUGCUGAGACCUUCAGAGAUGAGCACUUGUUGCGCAGGAGUGUGAAGCACAGCAGGAGACGUCAGAAGCGCUUUGUCCUCCGCUGUUGGAGCAACUUCCUUCAUCUUCAUCUUCAUCUUCAUCACUCACACCAGGACGAUGACAUCCCAGCAGCGCUGGACCAUCUUCAUCCUCUCAGUGUGCGCGCUGCCGCUGGCCUCCUGCAGCGCGCACACGUCUGAAGAAGAGGGCUUCAAUGCUGAGGCCUGGCUCCGUCACUUUGGCUACCUGUCCCAGGCCAGCAGACAGAUGUCCACCAUGCAUUCAGCUCAGGUUUUAUCCAGAGCCAUCAGCGACAUGCAGCGUUUCUACGGCCUGGAGGUGACCGGGGAGAUGGACCCUGCCACCAUUGCGGCGAUGCGGCGGCCUCGCUGCGGCCUCCCUGACAGGAGACCUGAGGGGGUGAACGGGGCGAGGAGGAGGCGCUACGCCCUCACAGGCCAGCGCUGGCAGAAGGACCGCAUCACUUACAGCCUGAUGGAGCAGCAGAUCCCGUCCUCGCUGGGAGAGGAGCGCACCCUGGACGCCAUCCGCCGGGCCGUCGACGUCUGGAGACGGGCGACGCGGCUCAGCUUCCAGGAGCUGCCUGCAGGAAACGGCAGCCAUGCGCCGCUCGCCGACAUCCUGCUGCUCUUUGCUUCUGGUUUCCAUGGAGACAUGUCCCUGUUCGAUGGCGAGGGCGGCUCGCUGGCCCACGCUUACUACCCUGGACCAGGGAUAGGCGGAGACACGCACUUUGAUGCCGAUGAGCCGUGGACUCUGGACAACGAGAACCACAAAGGUAUAGACCUCUUCCUGGUGGCGGUGCAUGAGCUGGGCCACGCUCUGGGUCUGGAGCAUUCAGACAACCCCAGCGCUACCAUGGCUCCUCUCUACCAGUGGACGGACACGCGGAGCUUCGCCCUGCAUGAGGACGACAUCAGAGGAAUCCAGAGCCUGUAUGGUUCUCCUCUGGUCACCGAUGCUCCGCCCACUUCCCCUCCCCCCCAUGAUGAUGAACCCAACAACUCCCCCUCCUCCCCCGCCGCUCCUGAAGAUGAGCCCACCUCCUCGCCGCCCACCCACCUCCCACCUGACUCCCCUGACCCGACUCAAAGCCACCUGGACCCCCCAGCCCAGCCGGAUCCAAGCCCCUCAUUCCCUCUGGCCCCCCCCACCCCCACCAAAUCCAGGCCCGAACCAGGAACCGAGCCAGAACUUGUGACCCCACCAGUCAGGAGGGAUGUUCCCCCUGCACCCAGACCCCCCAAGGUGCCGGGCAGCGGGCCCCCCGACAUCUGUGAUGGCGACUUUGAUACGGUGACCCUGCUGCGGGGGGAGAUGUUUGUUUUCAAGGGAUGCUGGUUCUGGAGGGUCCGGAGGAACCGGGUCCUGGAUAACUACCCCAUGCCGAUAUCCGCCUUCUGGAACGGCCUCCCCGACGACAUCGACGCCGCCUAUGAACGACACGAUGGCAAAUUCGUCUUCUUUAAAGAAGACCGAUACUGGGUGUUCAGGGAGGCUGACGUGCUGCCUGGGUACCCGCAGCCCCUCCAUCACUACGGCCGAGGAAUCCCCACCCACAAGAUCGAUACGGCUAUCUGGUGGGAGCCCAAUGAGUACACCUACUUCUUCAGCGGAGACAGGUACUGGCGCUACAACGAGGCGACUCGGACUACAGACCGCGACUUUCCUAAAGACAUCAGCAAAUGGGGCAAGAUCCCUCCGUCCCCCCGGGGAGCCUUCCUCAGUGAUGAUGGAGCGUACACCUUUUUCUACAAAGGAUCCAACUAUUGGAGGUUUCACAACAGCAGGAUGGAGGUAGACAAAGGCUAUCCCCGCUCCAUCCUGAAGGAUUUCAUGGGCUGCGUUGGAGUCCCCGAUCCAACGGCAGACCCAGACGUGGAGCAGAAGCCGGAGCAGAAGCCGGAGGAGAAGCCGGAGGAGAAGCCGGAGGAGAAGCCGGUCCGGCCCACAAAGCCAGGCAAACCCCAGCCCACAAAGCCCGGCGGCGACCGGGAUGUGGAGACUAGGCCUGACGGCAGCGGGGAAGACAAAGAGGUGAACGUGGUCGUCACUGUGGCCGACAACGAAUCAAAGGUCAUGACUCUGGUCAUGGUGACCGUACCGUUGGUGCUCAUCCUGUGCAUCCUGAUCCUGGUCUACGCCAUCCUCAGAACUCUGCAGAACAAGGAACCCCCCAGAGCCUUGGUGCACUGCAAGCGUUCCCUGCAGGACUGGGUGUGACGCGUGCAAAGACGGGACAGGUAUCCGUCCUCUCUGCAGGACCGUUGCUGGUAUUAACUUCUUUAUUGAAUGUGUGAGGAGACGAGGUUUCAGAGAGCUGACCUCAACGCUCUGGCCGCUCUUAUUCUAGGGAUUUUUAUUACUCAUGAAAUGCAGAGAAGUAGUGAGGUCAGCUCUACCAGAAUACGGUAGAGUCCUCUGAAUAGUGGAAAUAGUGUCUGUGUUUCUUAGAAAAUGUAUCACUGCAUAAUGUCUUUAGUAGUUUGGACUGGAGAAACGCAGCACGCUCUUUCUGCAGAGAAGUCAAUAGAGCACAUAGAAAACAGAGGUGUAACACUAGAGCCUUGCAAAACACUCCUUUUUCACCUUUUAUACCAUUUCUUCCCACUAAAAACUUUUAUUAGUUUAUUUUAUUAGGAGCUCAUGUGACAAACCAACACUAAUUGGUGAAGAACUGACGUGGAAAGAAAAUCAAACUUGGUUUCACUUUUUUUACGACUAAAACUUCAGAUUUAUCUUCAUCCAUCAGCCUUCUUCCCACAGCAUGAUGCUGCCACCACAGUGCUCCCAUGUGGGGAUGGUUAGAGUAAAGAACGGGUCAAAGCUCACUGGUCUAUGCAGAUUUUUAUUUCCGGUUCCCAGUUCUGCUUCUGUUGGUCCGUCCAAUAAAAUCCCAUGAAGCAUGUUAGUUUGUGACUGGAACGACAGAAAAGUUUAGAGGGUGUGAAUAUUUUUGCAGGGUUCUGUAGAACCAGCUAAGAACGGGUCUUCCAUGUGUUGCCUUCAGGUUCUCUGGCUCAUCCUGGUGUUUCUCUCUCUAAACUCAAAAGUUGCACUUUGUUUUGCUGCAGUGUUUUAGCAGAGCUCCUCUCUGUGAAGCUCCGACUGGCGCAGGAAUGUUGGACAGCUGCGUGUCCAUGACCGCCCGACUCCCACUGAGCCCGUAAUGCCCCCCCCCCCCCCAUGCAUCACAUGAUUUGCUCAUCUGUGCACAUAUGUUCCCAUGCAGGCGCUCAGAGGCAACCUUUAAAGGCUUGCAGACACGCAGGCUCCAGCCCCUCCCACAGCCACACUAACGGCUCCGCCUGCAGCAGCAGCAACCUUCCCAGCGAGCCGUGCUGAUGUAUGGCUGCAGGCAGCGCCCCGGAUUAUUCACGUUGUUUACAAAGGUCUGCAGCGAAGAUAAGAGACGCAGCAGCAGGGCUCCUCUUCCUCCUGCUGGAUCUCUUACAUUGUGAUCUAGAGUUAAAGCUGACUGUAAAUGGAGGGAGGAGCCUGCAGGCUGCAUCCGAAUGGGUCAAAGUCUGGUUUGGAUUAAACCCACAUGUUGCUGAUUUAAUGCAUGAGAGGAGGAGGAGGAGGAGGAAAGAGAGCAAUGCCUGCCUGUAAAAAUGGUCGUAACUGAAGAGAAAAGGGGUUGGUGCAGAUUGGUGAGGAUGGAGGGAGAUUUUCUUUCCAUGACCUUGUUGAAAAGGAAGGAUGGAGGGAUGGAGGGAAGGAUGGAGGGAAGGAGGAGCAAUGCUGGCGUUGCACUUCCUGACCUAGAUUGAUUCACUGAGUCCUCUUUUCCAGCUCCUCUUAAGUCUUGGUGGUGUUGGAAGUAACACCUGGUGUCUCUUUGCUCUCUGCUUUUACUCCUGAGUCAUUGUUGUAACUUUGAUGUUUCCAUUUUCUCCUCCACUCUUCCCUGCAUGUUCCCUAAAUGAAACAUCAGAUCUGGUCUGCAUGCGUCUGCGAGGCCUUGCAGUCUGUCAGUCCCAUCUUUAGGUAUUCUUGGUGUUAAACCUUCAGCAUUUUAUAGUUAACCACUCAUCCACAUGUUUUAAUGGAUCUUUUCUGGCUAGAAACACAAAAGAACCACUUCUUGCCUUUUUUAGGCUUUUAUUUUGUAGUUUUGUAUGUUUUUGUAGGGUUUGUGUAAGAACAGUAGAUUAUUAUGGACAUGUUGGUGCAUGCAGGUCAUGUUCUGUAAGGCCUGUGGAUUCUUGUGUAGAGCACAUUAAAGGUUUCACAAUAAAAACAA